CGGCACUUCCUCAUCUCGGGCCGCGUCCCCUCCCCCCUGCGCCGGUCCGGGUCUGGGUGUUGAGAGAGUCCGUGGAGCCUCGCUGGGACCUCACGAAGCUCGCUCGGCGUCCCCGGGACGGGGUGAGUGGGGCGCCGCCCGCCCCUCAAGUUCUCGUCCGUCAAGUAAGCCGGGCCGGGCCGUAGCGGGAGACUGACGGGGCGGAAGGGAAACCAGGAUUGGGGUACUUCCAAGGCCUCGGUCACCCCGGCUUGGAAUUAGAGCCAGGUGGGCACCACGGCAGGGGCUGAGCCACCCUCAUGGAAGGGAGAGGACCCCACCGGAUCUACGACCCCGGGGGCAGUGUGCCUCCGGGAGAGGUGUCCGCAGCUCUUGAGCGCCUAGUGGAGGAGAAUUCCCGGCUGAAGGAAAAAAUACAAGGGAUAAAGAUGUUAGGGGAGCUUCUGGAAGAGUCUCAGAUGGAAGCAUCCAAACUGCGGCAGAAGGCAGAGGAGCUGGUCAAGGACAAUGAGCCGCACCCGCCACCUUCUCCCUCCUUGGGCUCCUUCGACCCCCUCUCUGAGCUCACAGGAAAGGAUACGAAUGUGCCAGCACCUCCUGCUACCCCUGUAUGUUCCCGCGAGCAGCCAGUACCAGUACCCAAACCUCCAUCCAGUGGCACCUCCUCUGAAUUUGAAGUGGUCCCCACUGAAGAGCAGAAUUCUCCACCAGAGAGUAGCAGCCACCCCAGAAACAUGAUGGAACUGGGCCCCCUGCCCCAUGAGGAUGGCAACCUGAUGCUCCACCUGCAACGCCUGGAGACCACCCUGAGCGUGUGUGCUGAGGAGCCCGACCACAGCCAGCUCUUCACCCACCUGGGCCGCAUGGCCCUCGAGUUCAACCGGCUGGCCUCCAAGGUGCACAAGAACGAGCAGCGCACCUCCAUCCUGCAGACCUUAUGUGAGCAGCUUCGCAAGGAGAAUGAGGCCCUGAAGGCCAAGCUUGACAAGGGCCUGGAACAGCGGGACCAGGCUGCUGAAAGGCUGCGGGAGGAAAAUAUGGAGCUCAAGAAGUUGUUGAUGAGCAGCAGCAACAAAGAAGGUGCCUGUGGGCAUCCAGGCUCCCCCAAGAUAGAGGGUACCAUCAAGAAGGGCGUGGCCGGACAGCAGCAGACUAGUGUGAUGGCAGGGAAGGUUCCAGAAGCGGUGGCCUUGGGUGCAGCUGAGAAGAAAGUGAAAGUCCUGGAGCAGCAGCGCAUGGAGCUGCUGGAAGUGAACAAGCAGUGGGACCAUCAUUUCCGGUCCAUGAAGCAGCAGUAUGAGCAGAAGAUCACUGAGCUGCGGCAGAAGCUGGCGGACCUGCAGAAGCAGGUGACUGACCUGGAGGCGGAGCGGGAGCAGAAGCAGCGGGACUUUGACCGCAAGCUCCUCCUGGCCAAGUCCAAGAUCGAAAUGGAGGAGACAAGCAAGGAGCAGCUGACAGCCGAGGCCCAGGAGCUGCAGCAGCGGGUCAAGUACCUGCAGGACCAGCUGGGCCCCCUCACCCGGCAGCGCGAGUACCACGAGAAGGAGAUCCAGCGGCUGAACAAGGCUCUGGAGGAAGCUCUGAGCAUCCAGGCUUCGCCUUCAUCCCCACCAGCAUUUGGGAGCCCCGAAGGAGCCAGAGCCCUCCUGAGAAAGCAGGAGCUGGUCACGCAGAAUGAGCUGCUGAAACAGCAGGUGAAGAUCUUUGAGGAGGACUUCCAGAGAGAGCGCAGCGACCGGGAACGCAUGAAUGAGGAGAAGGAGGAACUGAGGAAGCAGGUGGAGAAAUUGCAGGCCCAGGUCACCUCGUCCAACGCCCAGCUCAAAGCACUCAAAGAUGAAGAGAAGGCUAAAGAAGUGCUGAAGCAACAGAAGAGGAAGGCGAAGGCCUCAGGAGAGCGCUACCACAUGGAGCCCCACCCAGAGCACCUGUGCGGGGCCUACCCCUACGCCUACCCUCCAAUGCCGGCCAUGGGGCCACACCACGGCUUUGAGGACUGGUCCCAGAUCCGCUACCCCCCUCCCCCCAUGGCUAUGGAGCACACGGCCCCACACCCCAACUUGCGCCUCUUCCAUUUGCCAGAAUAUACCUGGCGUCCACCCUGUGCAGGGAUGCGAAAUCAGAGUUCCCAGAUGGAGCUACCCAAGUCCAGGCCUACAGAACCAGAGCCUGCAAAAACUGACGGUGAGGGGCCUCAGUGAGACCAGCAUAUGUCACUUGGCUCCACCUUCGUCUUGCAGAGCCCGCUGACCUCAGAUUACCAAAAAACUAGAGGCCACAGGCUCUCUUGGGCCAGAGCCUCCGCGAGAAGGGAGGCUGACAAGAGCCAUCGGCUCACAUCUUCAGCCCUAGACUGCGCACGAGAUGGUGGAGACUUCGCCCAGUGGCCUUCCAUUGGGGCUCCUCUUUGUGCUGGGCCAGGAAGAACUCACUACCCCGCCUCGUGCUACUGAGUCGAGAGAGGCUGGCUUUGACCUGGACAUCACCUUAUGAUUGAGAUGCAGCUGUGACCCCUUCCUUUUAAAACCGCCACAGAAAUGGUUUGGGGCCCAUCCAGGCGCCCAUCCAAUGUGUGUGUGUGUGUGUGUGUGUGUGUGUGGCUUUUGCUUCAAGCUGUGUGGUCUGUGCCCUCACCUCAGGGAAGAGCUGUGGAAGAGUGGGUUUGUCUCUAGAGCACAAGGGAACCGCAGAAUUUUCCGAUGCUGGGCGCCCCACUGCCCCCCAUGGUAACCUUGCAAGAGCCCUCGGAGCCUGGAAUCAAGGCCACGCCAGCCACAUCUGCCGAGGGGCCCCCACCCCUUACAGCUGGAGGUUGGUGGUGCCAGCGGCCUGCGCUGGGGUGGCUUUCUCUAGGCAAUUGUUUGCACGAAGUUUGGACAUAAAUCCAAGUGGAAGAUCA